AUUAAAUACAAACAAGGAUAGGAGUAUUGAUCUUUAUCCCCUAGAACCAUAUACAAAUGAAUGACAUAUAAAAUCUAUGGAAUUUGCAGUCAAAAGAAUGGCUUUAGUUUACCAAUAUGUAAGGACUCUAAGAAACACAUUCUUGGUGGUUUUGAUUUUGAGUUUAAUACCUCUGGUAUGGAUAGGACAUAUUUGGAAGUCGAAACAUUUAUUUCUGCAAUCGGACAAUGAAAGCGCUAUUUUGAAGCUGAAUAAUGCAACAACUCCAGUAAGUGAUAUUAAAUAUGGAAAUAAUACUGUUGAAAUUAAACAACCAAUGAACAAUGAUAGAGCUCAUAAGAUAAGUAAUGCUCUACGUGUGAAUCAAAACCAGACAACUGGUAGAGGGUGGGUAAGUGUACCAAGAAUUGGCAGAUUAGGAAAUAACAUGUUCCAAUUUGCAGCUGUAAUGGCAAUGUCAAAACACUAUCAGAUGUUUCCAGUUUAUCCACCAGAAAUCCUUGAUGGGAUAUUUAAUAUUAACCGAUCUGGUGUUCUAUUAGAUAAAGAGAAUCAAAAUUCUUUUCCAUCAAUUCAGAUGAAUGAAAAGAAGGCGAGCGCAUAUGAUGAGAGUAUUAUGACGAAAGAUAUUCCAGGGAACACCAACAUUAAACUUUGUUGUUACUUUCAAUCAUGGAAAUACCUGAGAGGAAUUCAAGAAGAUCUUAGAAGACAGUUCACAUUUAAACCAUCAAUUGAUAGCAUUGCCAUGAGGUUUAUAAACCAAACUCUAAUCAAUAAUGGAGACUUUAAAAGCAAUAAACAUACAGCACUGGUUGGAAUACAUAUAAGGAGAUCAGAUAUGGCAGGAUCUGAACGUAGUUACAAUAUGGGAUACCGUAGUGCACCAAAACAAUAUUUUCAGAAUGCGAUGAAGUAUUUCAGGAUCAAAUUUAAACACGUCCAUUUCAUAAUAUGCACUGAUGAUGUAAAAUGGGCACAAGAUAAUAUCCGAUCACCUGAUUUGACAUUUUCAGUUGGACAUUCAGCUGGAGUAGAUCUAGCAAUACUGUCACAUUGUGAUCAUAUAAUUAUGUCUACUGGGACAUUUUCCUGGUGGGCAGCAUGGUUGUCUGGAGGGGAGGUUGUUUAUUGGGCUGGAUGGCCAAAGCCUAACACCUACAUUGGACGAAUAACUGAGCCUUUUGACUAUUUCCUUCCAAAUUGGAAGCCAAUGCUUUGACAUUGAAGUACACAGAAAGAAAUAUGUGAAGAAAUAAGAUGGUUUAUGAAAGUUGCAAUGGAGAACUGGACGUAGUUGCUAAAAAUAAGAAAAAUUUCUACCAUAAAUUUUAUAUGUUGUUAUUUUUUGUAUAGCCAUAGAGGAUGAAUAUAGAAAGUUAGGUAAUUAUUUAUAUGUGUGGUAGACCUUAAACUGUGCAUGUAAUAGACUAGAUGCGAGUAGAAAUAAUCUUGAUUUACGUCAUUAACUAUUCAAAAUUCAUUUGACAUAUUUUAAUUUGCAUAUCUAUUAGAUUCA